CGCAAACUGCUCGAAAAUGUGAAACGUCAAACUGCUUCUUCUUUUCCGGCUGUUGUUCUUGUCUUCUUCUUGUUCUGCUGUGGUCCAAAAGCUAGAAAAGAGCUUGUCAAAAGUUAUAUCAUCGUCUGGUUGCUGCUUUCCCGUGCAAUUUUUGACUUUCUCGGUGAUAUCGUAGCGUAGUUCGCACGAAAGACCGACACGAUGGCUGCCAGGAAAUGGGUUUCGUCCUUCUUCCCAACGGUAAAGGCACAGGAGGAGGAAGACAUCGUUGAUCCACAGACGGUGCUGCGGGAAAAGUGUGCCCAGCAGGGACAUACUAGCCAACUGUGGGACAAAUACCAGGCAUGCAAUGAGCGUGUUGGCAGCCGCUCCCAAACGGCGGAAACCUGCGUCGAAGAGCUGUUCGACUACCUGCACGAGCUGGACCACUGCGUUUCAAAGACCCUGUUUGCGAAGCUGAAGUAAACCGGCUCUGCACCUAAAGGAGUAAACUUUUGCUAGACGUGGCUUUUUGUUUCCCGUACACUCGCGGUUGGUACACCAUGCAAUAGUGUGCCGGCGAGUGAGUGUAUGGAUACAAGCAACCUGAACCUACACAUCCCCGAAGUGCUUGCUUCGUUACCAAAAAAAUAGCAAUUGUCUGGAUAUGUGCAUCUCAACACCGUUUGCAUGCAUAAACAAAUACAAAUGCCGCGUCGGAAUGUCUAUAUUCGAAAGGGAGAUAGUAAAUAAAAUUCAGUUUUAAAAACUAA